GAAUAGCGCUAGCUGGAGGCGGAGGUUGUUGGUUGGAUCGCUGCUGUUUACAGCGGAGUUUUAUUUUUCCUUGAUGUUUCUCCACAAUCUGGGCACCAAUAUGCAUUUUAAGCCAAGUCGGAAUAGACUUUAUACAACACGAUGUUGUGGAUGUUGCCAUGUCAGGACGGGGACGAUCAUUCUCGGGACUUGGUACAUGGUUGUGAACUUGUUGAUGGGAAUCCUGCUGACGGUGGCAGUCACCCAUCCUGAGAACGUGCCCUCGGUUGACCUUCAGUACGAGGUCAUUGAGCACUACUUCGCCUCAGACCGAAUGUCAGAAAACGCUUGCGUGGGAUUCGCCAUCUCCCUCCUGAUGCUCACCAUCAGUGCCAUGAUGGUAUACGGAGCAAUUACUCACCGCGAUGGCUGGCUUAUCCCGUUCUUCUGCUAUCAGCUGUUUGACUUUGCUCUGAGCUGCUUAGUGGCCAUCAGCUCCCUCACCUACCUGCCCAGGAUCAAGGAUUAUCUGGAUCAGCUGCCGGACUUCCCGUACAAAGACAAUCUUUUAUCUCUAGACUCCAGCUGCCUUUUGCUGUUCGUGCUCAUCUUCUUCGCUCUCCUCAUCAUCCUAAAGGCUUAUUUGAUCAACUGCGUGUGGAACUGCUACAAAUACAUCAACAACAGAAACCUGCCAGAGAUCGCCGUUUAUCCUGCUUUCGAGGCUCCACCACAGUACAUCCUCCCCACCUACGAAAUGGCCAUGACGAUGCCAGCGAAGGAGCCUCCGCCUCCCUACAUGCCCGCCUGAACCCCUUUCUCGUCGGUCCGAUCAAGUCACUGCAGAUGCCGUCUUUUGGUUUUUCUGAUCGAUCGCACUCUUCGCUCUGUAGAACGAAGGGUGUUCCGAUUCCCCACCAAUAUCACUUUAAAGCUCUGCAUAUUGCAUAGACUUAACCAUCGUCAUCAUCUGCAUGACUCUCAUACACACGUCGUGACGGCUCAUCACAGAUCUAUUUUUGUAAAUGAAUAGAAAAUAAGAGGCAGAAAGUGGGUUUUAGGAGCUAGAAAAGGGUAGUUCCCUGUUAAGGGGAAUUCCGUGUGCAGUGUUGGAGCCUCGUUGUGAGCUGGGUUGCAUAGUAACUCUUGCUUCUAACAGCUUUUGUAUAGUUUAUUCAUAGUGAACCAUUCUAAUGAAACGUUUCUACUUAGGUGACGUAGAUCAUUUGCCGACGGGCAACGCACAUGAAGCAGUGUAAGCUUUCACUUUUCAUAGGUUUCCUCUUGUUUGUAAUGCUUUUUUUUUUUAUUUUUAAGAGAUAUUGUGAAAGCCUUUUUUUUUUUUUGCUUUUACGUGAAGAUUUACCGCUUCACUAUCGUCUAACAUUUCGAAGCACUACUUUCUCAGUCGGCUAACACGAAGGAUUCUGCUUUAGUUUAAACACCAAUCACGACAAUCCAAUGUGAAAUUAAAAAAUCUUUGUUUUUCCUUUUGUGUAUUUUGUGUGAACGUUAAAAAAAAAGUUAUCGCAUAGGCAAAAGAGGUUUUAGCACUUUAUCAUGUUUUAUACUCAAGUGUUGUAUCGGCUCAUACAUCCAUCCUUACAUCCAGUCAUCCGUCAGCUCCCACCAUGUGACGCCAUCUCGACAGAGUUCAUAGUGCCGUGUUGUGGUAGAUAUUGAUCAUGCUUUCGACAAGACAGGAGGACCUUCUCUCACGAGACAAUGCUUUGGAUAAACAUGACUCUCUGCUAGUAUUGUGAAAAUCAGUAGAUGCAUGCUAUUCUCCUCCUUGGUCUUUUUUUUCCUUGUAUACUUUCUGGUAAGUCAAUUAAUUCAGUAAUAAACAUUUUGAAACAUG